UGAUUUCCCAAUUUAUAAGCAUUUUGAAUAGCAUUGCAGAAAUAAUCACAAUUACAUUUUAUGCCCAGGAUUAGUUUCAGUAAUUAACUCUUGAGAUUUGGUUUCACCAUAGUUUACGUCAGGGAUAAGAUACAUACAGCAGAUUAUCCAGUUAACCCACUUUGACAAGUCAAAUUUCUACCAUACUACUACAUAUAUACGAUUAACAUUAUAAGAGUAUCCUUGCUAAUUAAUUGUGGGUGAAGUUGAUAUUUUCUCAAAAUGGACUUGAACCCGGCUCUGCAAACUUUGAGACCAUAUCUUUUAGAGGAUUUGCAAUAUCGGCAUAUUGGGGAUUUUCUCGUAAAGAAAGGAAUCCUUUCCCAAAAGGAAGACUAUGAAAUAUUUCAACUGGUUGGAAAGGCAAAAAUUACAAAGUUGCUCAAUAUAAUUUCUAGCAGGGAUGGAGCUACCAGGGAGCUCAUAAAUGCAUUAAAACAACCAACCACGGUUCGGAUUUACAAAGACUUGAUACAAAAACUUGAAUCAGCUUCGACUCCGACAUCUCCAGUAACGCCCGGUCCAGGGGAAGGGAAAACUUAUGUAUUUCCAGACACCAAUGGCAGAAUAGGAAAUGUCAAACCGGACAAGAUUAUUGAAAGAAGACACUUUAAUGAAUUAGUGAAGAUUUUAAAACGCGACGCCUCCAAAUGGAAAGCAUUUUACGAAGCACUGGGAGUCGAUCCCGUUGAAAUGUUUUCUAACAGCCAAAAAUUGCUCAAGAAUACGAUUCAGCCCUCGGAGGCAUUUCGAGACGUACUGGACUCUUGGAAAGAAAACUCAGGAAGGGAUUGCACUUUCGGCGUCUUGGACAACGUUUUGCGAAGUUUAGAUUGGGAAGACGCUGCGGAUGAUAUUGAGGAAAGGUAUUGGGAUUGAGGAUGACUGCAUUAAUGCAUUGAGCGUUAAAGUGGAAAGAAAGCAUUAAAUUGAAUGAUUGAUUAUAAAUCAAGACUCGAACUUUUAUAUAAAAUAAAUUAGAAAUUUAAGUACAUCAACGAGA